AUGGAGGUAUUUUUCUAUAAUCACGCUGCGGUGCAAAAAAGGGCAACCCAGCUCAUAGGCUCUUGGGAGGAGGACAAGCUGUUCAUCAGAUUGAAGUUCUACAAGUCAAGCCAUUGGCACCGUGUGCCAAGCGAUCCAAUUGUUGAAUACUACAAUACUAAAAUAGCCCAAAGAGAUUUUUGGGUAAAGUUUUCUCAUUUCAAGCACCAAUUAUCCGACAACUACGACAGUAACAGGGAGUAUGAAACGCUCAUCUGCGAGUAUCUGAAGAGUAUGGGUGUGCCGGAAGAUGAACAUCCUGCUGUUGUUGACAAGCUAUUCCGGGUGGUUGAGGCUGCCAUCUCCCCUGUGGACGCUGUUGUAGUGUUUGUGUGGGACGCCAUUUACCGCGUCGGAGAUGGACAUGAACCAUAUAGGCCCAAUGGGAUUCCUGCGAGCAGAUCAUCAAUCCAGGGUUUGGAGCAAGUGACACCCGAUACUGAUACCUCGCUCUCCUGUGCGAUUUGUUUGGAGGAUUUUGAGCAGGAACCCAUUACCCGGUUGCCCUGCAGACACCAUUUUCAUGUCCAUUGCAUUGUUCAGUGCCUGGAGAUCAACCACACCUGUCCCCUCUGCCGAUACCCAAUGCCAACAGAAGAAGAUUAA